ACAUGUCGCAUACUAUACGCCACACAAACGGGAACUUCGAGGCGAUUAUCACAACAAUUGAUGACAUAUUUGUCACAAGAGUUCAAUGAAGACAUCACUCACAAGAAUAUAACCAUUACUUUGAAUGCCAUCAAUGAAUACGAUGCCGAAGAGCGUCUGGUGUCUGACGCCAAGAAUAACACCACACUUAUCAUUAUUAUGUCGACCUAUUCCUCUGGAAGUAGUGCUCCCGAUGGCCAAUGGUUUUGCAAAUGGCUUCAGGACUUCGCCAACGACUUCCGGGUCGAUAAGUCUUCGCUUAAAGGCUUAAGUUUUGCCAUCUUUGGUGUCGGCGAUAAGGCUUACGGCGAAGACUUUUGUCUCGUUUCCAAAGAUAUGGAUCGAUGGCUAAAACAAUUGGAAGCGAUUCCUGUGGUCUCAACACAACUAUCAGAUGUCAGCGAUUCUGUCGGCUUUGAUAAGCAAUUCAAGGAAUGGAUGAAUGGGUUGUCAACCAAUUUGUCAAACAAUUCUGUCAUUAGUUCUGAAAUUGAUUCCCAAGAAGACAUGGAAGAAGAGGAUCAGCUCAAUGAAAGCGCCAAUAAAAUAGUGGACAUCGAAGACAUUGUGACCAAGAAAUCCAAAUUGGAGUCAAAUGGUGUCGUGAAGGAUAUGAUUACACCGGAGUUGAGGAGAGAGUUGACAAAACAGGGCUAUAAACUGAUUGGCAGUCAUUCAGGUGUCAAACUCUGCCGAUGGACUAAAUCGAUGCUCAGAGGGAGAGGCGGUUGUUAUAAACACAGCUUUUAUGGGAUUGAGUCGCACCGGUGUAUGGAGACGACGCCAAGCCUUGCCUGCGCUAACAAAUGUGUAUGGAAGGAUGUGCUCUUCAGACGCCAAUCAAACGGUAGUCAAACCAAUGGACAGUCAAAGACAUGUCGCAUACUAUACGCCACACAAACGGGAACUUCGAGGCGAUUAUCACAACAAUUGAUGACAUAUUUGUCACAAGAGUUCAAUGAAGACAUCACUCACAAGAAUAUAACCAUUACUUUGAAUGCCAUCAAUGAAUACGAUGCCGAAGAGCGUCUGGUGUCUGACGCCAAGAAUAACACCACACUUAUCAUUAUUAUGUCGACCUAUUCCUCUGGAAGUAGUGCUCCCGAUGGCCAAUGGUUUUGCAAAUGGCUUCAGGACUUCGCCAACGACUUCCGGGUCGAUAAGUCUUCGCUUAAAGGCUUAAGUUUUGCCAUCUUUGGUGUCGGCGAUAAGGCUUACGGCGAAGACUUUUGUCUCGUUUCCAAAGAUAUGGAUCGAUGGCUAAAACAAUUGGAAGCGAUUCCUGUGGUCUCAACACAACUAUCAGAUGUCAGCGAUUCUGUCGGCUUUGAUAAGCAAUUCAAGGAAUGGAUGAAUGGGUUGUCAACCAAUUUGUCAAACAAUUCUGUCAUUAGUUCUGAAAUUGAUUCCCAAGAAGACAUGGAAGAAGAGGAUCCGCUGAAUGAAAGCGCCAAUAAAAUAGUGGACAUCGAAGACAUUGUGACCAAGAAAUCCAAAUUGGAGUCAAAUAGUGUCGUGAAGGAUAUGAUUACACCGGAGUUGAGGAGAGAGUUGACAAAACAGGGCUAUAAACUGAUUGGCAGUCAUUCAGGUGUCAAACUCUGCCGAUGGACUAAAUCGAUGCUCAGAGGGAGAGGCGGUUGUUAUAAACACAGCUUUUAUGGGAUUGAGUCGCACCGGUGUAUGGAGACGACGCCAAGCCUUGCCUGCGCUAACAAAUGUGUGUUUUGUUGGCGACACCAGACAAACCCCGUGGGAACCGAGUGGAAGUGGUCUUUAGACAACCCGGAACUGGUCUUUUCGGGCGCCCUCUCUAAUCACUACAAAAUGAUUAAUGAAUUCAAAGGCGUUCCCGGAGUUGUUGCCGAAAGAUUAAAAGAGGCGAUGGAAGUGAAACACUGCGCCCUCUCACUGGUGGGCGAACCCAUUAUGUACCCCCACAUCAAUAGCUUUGUGCGAAUGCUUCACAACAAAUCGAUCUCAACUUUUCUGGUAACCAACGCCCAGUUCCCCGAUGCCAUCAAACAAUUAGAUCCCGUGACACAACUCUAUGUCUCAGUGGACGCCAGUUCUAAGCAAAGUCUUAAGCGCAUCGAUCGGCCCUUAUUUCGUGACUUUUGGGAGCGCUUUACGGGUAGUCUAACCGCUCUCUCAGACAAAGGCCAGAGAACUGUCUAUCGACUAACUCUUGUCAAGUCAUAUAAUGUGGAGGAACUGGAAGGCUAUGCAUAUCUCGUGGGUCUCGGAAACCCGGACUUCAUUGAGAUUAAAGGAGUGACUUAUUGCGGGACAUCUAAAGACAGUCACAUAACUAUGGCUAACAUCCCCUUCCAUGAAGAAGUUGUCAACUUUUCGGUUGAUUUACUCAAGCAUUUGAACAGUGGUUGUGAGAGUGACUCGAAGGCCAGGUAUGGUAUGGCCUGUGAGCACAAGCACUCCAAUUGUGUGCUCAUUGCCAACACAAAGUUCUUAGUCGACAACCGAUGGCACACUUGGAUUGAUUACAACGCCUUCGCGCGACUCAUGCAAGAGUACUACCGAAGCGAUGGCACCAAAACUUUCUCAUCACUCGAUUACAUCGAAGAGACCCCCGAUUGGGCCCUUUGGGGGUCUCAAGAGAGGGGGUUCGACCCAAACGACACCCGAUUUUAUAGGAAGGCUAAGGAGUAGGCAUUCAAUGCAAAUGCAAAACACGAUUUCAGUAAUCAUUAUAUCAUUCAAAGCAAUCAUUUGAUUGAAACAUACUAUCCGUAAAAGACCU